AGCUACGCCUGCUUCUUUGUUCCGCUCAAAUAUCAGUCCCACCUCCCGUAUUAGUGACGUCAUGCCGAAGGCUGCCAAGAACGGACGCCGCUAGUUGUUAUUAUACAUACAGGGUUUAUUAAAGGAAUAGAUGAGAUCACAGAAGUACGUGCGUGCAAGUUAGCGGCAUAAGUAUCCACGCACAGUCUGUUUUUGUAUUCGUUAAUAGGUGAGCGAAGGAUACCAUUCUAAGAAACAGACUAAUUAGUGGAGCAAUUGUAAGUUUAUGCGGACUUUACACCUUAGGAAUUAUACGCUUCCCCACUGUGAUGCACCACUGGAAAACAAACAGUUUAUGAGGGAAGACAUAUAAAUAAAGUGCGAUUAUUUGGGCAAAACAUACCCGUUUUGUGAUUUGCUUUUGUAAGUGGGGUUGGUCGCGAACGUGUGAUCUGGGAAUUUGCCGAUUUUGAGGAGUUGCCCUAUUCAAUCGACAAUUUUUAUGUUGCGCGCUUAAUCGCGUUCACACCAUUGGAAUUAUUUUUUUUUCUACUUUUUGGAUUUACUUUUCAUUAUUCAAGAUGGAUGUUAGGAACACAAGAUCUCUGAGGAUUAUUUUUAUACUGGUUUUAUAUUUUGUUGGAGCGACUGCUGGUCGCUGUCCUGAGCGGUGCGUGUGUGGCGGAUCAAACGUUGAUUGUAGUAAUUCUGGACACACGCGCGUCCCCCGUGGAAUACCAAUAAACACAGAGAAAUUAGAUCUCUCGGGGAACAACAUAACGAAAAUACUCAAGGGGGAUUUUGCGGACUUGAGGAAUCUCAGAUUCUUACAGGUGAUGCAUAAUCAACUUGUUAGUAUUGAAAGAGGCGCAUUUUCUGACCUUGUCUCGGUCGAAAGAAUGCGCUUGAAUAAUAAUAAGUUGCAAAGUUUACCAGAACUUUUGUUUGCGCAAAUGGAACGUAUGCACAGACUUGAUCUCUCGGAUAAUGAGUUGGUUAUCAUAUCAAGGAAGAUGUUUCGAGGUGCAAAUGCUCUCCGCAACUUGAAACUUGACCAUAAUAAGAUUGUUUGUAUAAUGGAUGGUGCAUUCCGGCCGCUUAGAAUGAUGGAGAUGCUAACACUGAAUAGUAACAACCUUACAAGUUUAUCCAGCACCAGUUUUACUCAUAUGUCGUAUUUGAAAACGCUGCGAUUAUCCAACAAUCGUCUUCAGUGCGACUGCCACUUAGCCUGGUUCAAUGUCUGGCUUAAGCUAAACCCAAAGCUAGCCCUCUUCACAAGGUGUUAUGGGCCUAAACCACUCCGUGGAAGUAAUAUAGAUGAGCUGCAAGGUCUAGACUUUGUCUGUACAGGAGAGGAAGACCACGACAAACAGUGUAAGAUUGAGCCUCUCUGCCCUGAGAAGUGUUCCUGUCAAUCAGAUGUGGUGGAUUGCCGGGGGCAGGGCAUGACAGAGCUUCCACAUGCAUUCCCAAUAGACAUGGUAGAAUUGCGAUUGGAACAAAACCAGAUUACAAGCAUACCACCACGAGCAUUCUCACCUUACACAAAACUAGGAAGAAUUGACUUGAGUAGUAAUAAAAUUGAAGAAAUUUCACCUGAUGCCUUUAGUGGAUUGAGGCUACUUAACUCGCUGGUAUUGUAUGGCAACCAACUGACAGAGCUCCCAGAAAACAUAUUCCAGGGUUUAAGCCAUCUUCAGCUUCUGUUGCUAAAUGCCAACAGAAUCUCUUGCAUCCGUACCAAUCUCUUCCGUGACCUGUGGAAUCUUAAACUUUUGUCACUUUAUGAUAACAACCUCAAGUCAAUCACAAAUGGAACAUUUACUCCACUCAAGAACAUUCAGACUUUACAUCUAGCGCGCAACCCUUUCAUUUGCGAUUGCAACUUAAAAUGGUUGGCCGAAUAUCUACAAGCCAAUCCAAUUGAGACAACUCAAGCCAGAUGCGAGUCACCGCGUAGAAUGCAACGUAAACGUCUGAUGACUAUGAAGCCAAUUAAAUAUAAAUGCAAGGGUUCAGAAUUCCACAGAACAUCAAAAGCUGGUGAAUGCUUCAUCGACCGUGACUGCCCUGCUUUCUGUAUCUGCGAAGGAACAGUAAUUGAUUGUUCGCAUGCUGGGUUGAGGGCACUACCAGAAGGCUUGCCUAUAUUCACAACAGAAUUAAAACUCAAUAAUAAUGAGAUAUCAAGAAUACCAGCUGACGGGUAUUUCAGUAAACUUCCAAAUCUUCAAUCUCUUGAUCUGAGAACAAACCGAAUAUCCAGCAUUGAGAAGGGUGCUUUUCUAGGAGCUUCCAAAUUGCUAAGUUUGUACCUCACAAAUAACAAGUUGAGCAAACUGGUCCAGGAUGCUUUCAUCGGGCUAAGUUCUGUGAAAGUACUAAUAUUAAGGAACAACCGACUCUCAUGCAUAACCAAUGAAACAUUUGCUGGUCUCCGAUCUGUACAGUUAUUGUCACUCUAUGAGAAUCAGAUUUCAAGUGUGAUGCCCGGAGCCUUUGACAUGAGUCCAAGUUUAACAACUUUAAAUCUACUGAACAAUCCAUUUAUAUGCAACUGUCAUUUAGCGUGGUUAUCGGAAUGGCUUCAGGCACGUCAAUUAGUGACGGGCACUCCUCGCUGCCUGCAGCCACCGUCGGUUCAGCAUCUUCCACUAGAGGACCUCUCCCCAGAGGCCUUUACAUGCGAUGUUAAUGAUGACAAUACUUGUCGACCCGAUGUCAUGUGUCCUAAGGGAUGCGCUUGCAGCGGGACCGUCAUAAGGUGUAGCCGCAAAGAACUCAAGACUCCUCCUCUCAACAUUCCAUUGUCUUCAACAGAAUUGUAUUUGGAUAACAACCUGCUUACUGACAUACCAAGUGGAUUAUCAAAACUCAAAAAGCUCACUACGCUUGAUUUGAGCAACAAUUUGAUUACCUAUAUCCCAGAAAAUGCAUUUGUCAACAUGACCAGCCUAUCAACAAUAAUUUUAAGCUUCAAUAAAGUAGGCUGUAUUCCGAAGGGGGCAUUUAAAGGACUCAGAACUCUAAGGCUCCUGUCUCUCCAUGGUAACGAGAUCUCGCACAUCCCAGAGGGUGCAUUCAAUGAAAUGACAUCACUUACUCACCUUGCUCUUAGCUCUAACCCACUCUACUGUGAUUGUAAACUGAAGUGGCUGUCAGAUUGGGUUAAGGACGGUUACCGUGAGCCUGGCACUGCCAGAUGUGAUGGCCCCUAUGAUCUCAAAUACAAGCCUAUCCUUACAGCGCCCUCUAGGAAGUUUAUCUGUUUUGAGGGUCAAGAGGGAAGUGGUGAAGAAAAAUGCGAUCCCUGUUUGUCGAACCCUUGUCAAAAUGACGGCAUGUGCGCCAGUGACUCCCUAGGCCAAUACACGUGUCAAUGCGCCUCUGGGUUUGAAGGACACAACUGCGAAACUGAAACCAACGAAUGUGCAGAUGAACCUUGCCACAACAUGGCAACGUGUAUUGACUUGAAAGCAGGGUUCAGUUGUGAGUGUCCAUCAGGCUUUGGUGGUGCCACUUGUGAUCUUAUUAUAGACUGUCGCAAUCAUCGCUGUCAGAAUAACGCAUCCUGCUCUGUGAAUGAAAAUAGAGGCUACACUUGUAAUUGCCAGCAUGGAUACAAAGGGGAUUUCUGUGAAGUGGAUAUUGAUCUGUGUGAAGCAAGUAUUAACCCCUGCAGAAAUAAUGGAAUCUGCCAGGAUCUAGGCUCAUUUUACAGGUGUAUAUGUCCAGCCGGUUUCAGAGGUCAAAACUGCUCGGAGGGCUUCCGCGAUUGUCGGUCUCGUUCAUGUGUUAAUGGAGGUGACUGCCUAGAAGUUGGUACGCAGUACAUGUGCCGCUGCCCUGUUGGUUUUGAAGGGGAUUACUGUGAAAUUCCACCUAUCAUCUACGCAAGUACCAGCCCAUGCGAAGUACACGAGUGCCAGAACAAUGGACAAUGUGUAUACACUAGUGCCACGUCAUCAACCACGUGCAGCUGUUUACCAGGCUUCCGUGGCGACAAAUGCGAAAUCGUUACCAGCAUGAAAUUCCGGUCACGCGGUGCAUAUUUGCAGUUUACGGACAUGGACACCAGCCAAACUCUGAACAUCCAGGUAGUGUUUGCGACAAUUCAAGAAUAUGGUGUGAUACUGUACCAUGGAAACAUUGAGCAUAUCGCAGUGGAGUUAUUCCGUGGGAGAAUACGCGUCAGCUACGAUAUUGGCAACUACCCUGUCAUCACGAUGUUCAGUCCAGAGAAACUAAAUGAUGGGCAGUUCCACGAGUUGAACUUGAAAGUCGCGCAGAAGAACAUAUCGAUGAGUGUCGACAGUGGCGAAUGGCAGCUUUCAAAGAGUAUGGGGACCAAUGCCCACUUUGACAUUGAUGUGAAGACCUACAUUGGUGGUCUGCCAAGUGAUGAGAUAGAAAACGCUCUGCAACAGGUUCAUGUCAGAAACAGCACCAGCUUUUUUGGCUGUGUCACAAAAUUCACAAUCAAUGGGGUCUACUACGACGUGUCCUCCAGUGAAUACUCGCAUAAUGUAAUCGAGGGUUGCCCAUCACCUGACAAGCCAAACCCUUGCAUGGAUCACCAGUGUGUCAAUGGAUUCUGCCGCGAGACCAGUGACGCAGGAUCGCAGUGUGACUGUCAAGACGGCUGGAUGGGUCGAUACUGUAACACAAGAACUACAUGUGGAAAGCAGACAGUUACAUCACACCUAGUCGACACAGAUGUAAAUGAUGAGGAGGUAUGCAGGAGUCGUAAAUUAAUCACCCAUGCCUCGUGCAACGGAGAGUGUGGCCUGAAUGAUGCCUCCUGUUGCCGGCCUAGGAGAACGCGAAUCAAAAACAUUGAGUUUGCAUGCACGAACGGAACUGUUUAUGAACGUCCUGUAAGAAUCGUCCGAGACUGCAAGUGUCAGUUAUGUCUAGGGAGAGCCUCGUGAAAGAGAUGAGGGCAGUGCAGAGUUGUAUCAAAGGAGAACUUGUUCAUAAACUUAAGACUGAUCAUAGUAUUUGUAAAUAAUCAGUUUUGAAAAACUAUCGUUUGACAUCUUGGAGUUUUAGAUGAUGCCUAUGCGACAUUUGGUAAUUGCACAUGUGUAGGCUUGGUGAGAUAUUCUUACUUUGGGUCAUUAGAAAAAACUUGUAUCAAAAUGAAGGCCUAGAGGGUGUUGUAGUGCAACGGUUAGGGCUGGUGUAAGUAAUAAAGCCAGAAAUAGUCUCUUGAUAGCAGUUAUAUACCGAAAUUGUAUUAUAUGUGUAUAGGCUAGGUCAGAUCAGCAAAUAUUGUAAGGAAAUGGUGAGGUUUUGGCGGGAACCCCGAUGUAGUUUUGGUUGGCAGCCGACAAUACCCGCUGGCAGGAAACACACUAUGAGCACGCCAGGGUACAAUACAUAUAUUCAACAAAUCGUUUGGUCUGAGUAUAGUUAUUGUUUUCAUAAAGAUUAUAACCUGAAUUUUACUACAAAAUAUUUUAACUUUAUAUUUGUUUUUCAUUUGCCAAUGUUUACCUUUAAAUUUCAAAUAUCAAUGAAUUUUGUAACAAGAAAAUAAAUAAUUGUGUUUUUUAUACAUUUGUGUAGAAAAAAUAUAUUUUGUAAAGUUUACUCAUGCUUUUCGUUUAUGAAAUUAACUUCAGUGUGAUAUUUUAAAUUUGAUAGUAUUGUAAAUCAGUUGUAAAUAUAGCAAAAAUUAUUGGGUGAAUAAUUUGGAAUUUAGCUUAUUACCUUAUAUGGUCAUUGCCUUAUAAGGACCUUGCCUUUUAUGAGGCAUUGUGUUAAAUCAAAUUUUGACUAAUCUACCAAAUGAUUUGAUAAAUCCAAAUCAUUAUGGAGAGAGUAACAUAAUAUUAUGCCAAUGAAUUUUGGAGGGGGAAAUGGCUACUAUAUUAAGAGUAACUUAAUUCUGAUUGGUUGGAAUGUUUUCCCAAAAUGCAUUAGUAUCUUCUCAGGUGCUCUAUUGUCAGUUCAACUCUAUACAAAGUUUGCAGUGUAUAUUUCAGGGCUGGAUGUAUUUAAAAGAAAGUUGAAAUAUAGCCAAAGAUUGGAUUAUAAAAACAGCGCCAGCACAAAUUUGAGAUUAAUAUUGAUUACAAAGUUAUUUAAUAUAAUUUUUUUUUUCAAGCUAUCUGAAUGAAAAGAAAAGGAAUGUAUAAUUUGUUUUUGCUGCAAACUAAGCCAUGCAAUUUAUUUGUAUUACGCUUUCUUGUCCAUUUAUUAGAACUUAAAAAUCGGCUUAAGAUGUAACCAAAAUAUGCACAUGGAAAACAAGGUUGACUAUGGUUAAUAUUAUAAUAACCUAUAUACUUUGAAUUUGCACAAUAUAAGUAUAGAUUUAUGUGAAAUGUUCAAAACAAAAAACCCAUUUUAUUACCUCUUUUAAAAACAUAGAAGGUAUAGCCCAAAAAAAAAUCCAUUAAUUUUUAUGUGCGCUGAACCAUGACUAUAUGUGCACUUAAAACAUGACGAUGUGUUCCUGGUUCUGUUCCAUCAAGCUGCUCUCGCAGUUCAGUUAAUUUACUGUCUUUCGGGAAAGACGUUUAGCUUUUGGUCAAAUGGCCCAUGUAGUCAUUAAAAACACAAUAACUGUUUAUUUCUGUUUCAUUACUUGGCGAUUCCAUUCCUUAUUUUUCCUUUUAUUGAAGUUAGAAUGUCUUUUGGGGUAUUUUUGUCAAGAAAUGUCAAUCUUCAUAAACCUGAAAUAUUUAAGUAACCCUUACAUUUCAUUAUAUCUUUUUAUUAAUGAAAUAUUUCAUUCGAUAGAUGGUAGUUUUUAAAGUGAAAACAAACAACCGUUUUAAAAUUUUAAAACUAAGUGUGAAGUUAAAAUACAGAUGAAAAGGGUAUGAUAUAAUUUUGAUAUAUUUAAAGUGGUGUGUUUUAUUUUCGUAUUGUAUGUUCGUAUUUGUUGUAUAAGAACCUUGAAUAACACUAAUAUACGAGCCGCGUGGUCCACAUUGGUAUUUAUAUAAAAAAUAAUAUUAAAAACAUAUAACUUAACACUAUAUAAACUUUUGUACAUUUAAAUAAGUGUGUCGUAUCGGUACACUCACACCUGGUGCGGCGAAACUUCAGCAGUAUUUACAAAACAUUGUGAACUGCUUGUAAGUGAAUAUGAAUGGAAAGAUAAGUCGCAUAUCGAUUGACUACUGUAAAGCUGAAUUUGUUCGCAUUUGUAUUCUAUUUACUGUAUUAAAAUUGCAUUCUGAUAAUUAUUAUACAUACAGUAGUUAAGAUGUGGAAUAAAGUAUACCUAUGUAAAUGAA